UUUGCCGUCCACGCACCAGCUGAGGCACCGGCACGCUGACUGACGGAGUCUCGCGCAACUCGUAUGCUUGCAGAGCCGCGUAUAUCGCACGUUUCGCAUACCUGCAGCAAUGUUUAUUUUGUUGCACAAAUUCCAUGUCAUAACAGGUUAUACUGCUUAAAUAGUAGCGUACUAUAAUUAAAAUGUAUACGGAAACCUUAGGAUAAAAUGCAGUAGUAUUUUCCUUGUGCCUUUUGUAAAGUUUGUUGGAUGUGUUCCUGUAAUAACGGAUCAGUGUUGCCGUGUAAAACCUAACCUGAACACGCGCUGGUUCCGUGUUUUUUCUAUUUUUUUUUCCUUGAAGCGGUAUUAAUGUUUUUACAUUACCUAAAAUAUCACGUAGGUCUAAAUGUGUAUUUGCAUUCUCAAUUAUGCCCAUCUAUAUCCUGAACUCCGCAAAUGCAUUGAGUGGGCAUUGCACGUGGACUCUUGCCGCUGUCUUCCUUUAACACAACUGCUCAUUACGGUUUGUAUUUCUAACUGCUUAUAAGCAAAUAUCGGCGUGUUUUCUGUCAAUGAAAGACAUCCGAGCACGAAGCACACUGCCUUUAACGCGGAUCUUGUCAGCCUUUUGGCAUUAAGACACGCUGGAGUGGGGAUCCCCGCCAACUGUGGGUGAGUGACGCGCUGUCAGUCCAUGCCGGCUCGGAUAUCGAAUACCCAGACCGAAUCCAACUAAAGGACAUGCAGGCUUUCACUGUGAAGCAGUAUCUAACAUGAAUAAAAGAAACAUCAAGCGUUUACCUUCCAAUAUCAGCGCGGACUGGUGUCCGCAUGCAGAGGCAUUGAAAUGAUUUGAAAUUGUAAUGGGUAUGUACUAUGAGAUCUUUUAAAAUGACUUGCUGUACUCUAAGCUCUUAUUUUAACUUGUUAAACAUAAUGCUUAAUAAGAACGGUAAUAUUAACCUCAUCUUAUGGGUUGAAUGUAUAGGCUAUUCAAACCCAUCUUUGCCGACGAUGCAUUUUUUCAUUUGAAUGUUUGUUACAGUUGUCUUCGCGCAUUUAUUUUCUAGCCAGUCCUGUCUCCUGAGCCGCCGGUUCCUACCGACAGCUACCGCACCAUCGUGCCAGAAGCUGAAACAGCACAGAGCAUCCAUCCAUCCAUCUAUCUAUCUAUCCUCCCACCCAUCUCCUGCUUAUCCUGCUCAGGUCGCGUGGGGCUGCCACGAACCCAUCCCGCUAUGCUACACGCUAAUUGUAUGAAAUUUAUUAAGUGUAAGAUCCAAUGUGUCAUCUGAAAGUUUUCUUUGGUGGUGGUGGAGGUUCCGAGUCUUUCUUGACUUUGUCGAACACCGUCCGAUACCAUGAAGUAGACGUACAGCCUCCUUUGUGCCCAGUGUCGCGCAGGACAAGCUGCAUGCCAGACGUUGCUCUCCCCAGGUUUGUGUCAGAGGGCGUUACUAUGGUGACGGUAGAAGCCAACCAAACUGCUCGGCUUGGCGGCACAGCCGCGGAAACUAGCUAACAAUAGAUAAAUACUUCUAAUAAAUUAAAAUUUAAGAGGCGGACGGCUGAUCGGACGAUUGGAUCUAAUGAGGUUUGUGAGAAAUGUAAUGCAGUUAAACAGGAAUGGUAGCGUAGUAAAGACUUAUUUAUAACUUAAGUGACUGGCUGACUAAUCGAGCAAGAGAAAUGUAUGAGUUAAAUAUCUCAACUUUCUAUAUUGUAAAUGAGUUCCGCGUGUUGUGUAAUAUCAGCUAUUGUAUGCAAACUAUAUUAGGCUAUUAUUAAUGAUUAAGUACGUCAGCUCUGUCGGGCUGUUGAGUUCAUCUGCAUCAAAAUUUCAUUAUAUCGUAUCCUUUCGCUUUACAUUUCGGUGACGUCAUGUACCCCUUCUUUAAGAAGUGGACCAUAAAGACAAGCCACUUGGAAGAUGAGCUCCGUUGUAGCUCAGAGCCAUUACAUCUUCGGGCUGCGCUCUGAUGUGGCCAACAACCUCUGCUUUCUGGAUGACCAAACCGUCGUUUAUCCAGCCGGAAACCACUGCGUGUGCCACAAUAUUGAUCUGAAAUGGCAAAGGUUUAUCCCAGGUAAAGAGAAAAGCAGCGGCAUGUGUGCUAUAGCCAUCAGCGCUAAUCGGCGCUAUCUGGCGGUGUCAGAGUGCGCUGACGAAGGUACCAUCAGUGUGUACGACCUGCGCGAGGAUCCGAGCCGGAAACGGAAGGUGCUCGGCGGGGGGGACGUCCUCGUGCGGCAGUUCGUGUGCAUGGCGUUCUCCACCGACUCCAAAUACGUCAUCGGGCAGUCUGGGGAUCCCGACUGGACGCUUUUCUAUUGGAUGUGGGAGAAGCAAAGGGUUAUGGCCACAGUCAAAACUGGUGGGGUUACAAACCCUAUAUACCAGGUGAGCUUCAAUCCUGAGAACCACACUGAGAUCUGCGUCAGUGGAAAGGGUGUGUUCAAGCUUCUCCACUACUUUGAGGGAUCGCUGAAGCAGUCCAGCUCCCCUAAGCUGGAGUCACACAACUUCCUUGCACACGGCUGGAUGUCGAAGACGCGGGUGAUCGCGGGCACAGACGCGGGGAGCUUGAUGGUGUUCGACUCAGGAGACCUGAGGAGGGAGUUCAGUGUAACAGCCAGCUUCCCCAUGCAGGACGCUGAAAGGUGGGGGGUGGAUUCUCUCAUUGGGGCAGUUCUGGGUUCAUCUGGCUGUUUGAACACAAGGCGUGUCUUUUUGCCUUUCAGUUCUGUCAACGGUAGGAAGCAGAAAGAUUCAACCUUAAUAGAAGCUGACCGCGAUGCUCGCAUAACAUCCAUCGUGGCCUACUCCAGAGGGUUUGCGUGCUCCGCCGGAAAGGGGGCGGUCUGCCUGUUUGAAAAAACUGAAGAGAAAGAUUAUAUUAAAACCAGAGAGAUUCUGAUCCCUGAGGACCACAGCAUCAGUGAGUUCAGCCAGGCCAAGCAGCAGGAGAUCCUCACCUUGUGCAUCAGCCCUUCUGAGGAAACACUAGCGGCCAGCACGGACUCGGGGCAGCUCUACAGCAUCUCCUUGUCUUCUGCAGAGAUGUGUAAGGAGGAACAGGUGCACUUCGAGUUCCUCUCGCACUUCUUCCAUUCGGACGCCGUCACGGGUCUGUCUGUCUGCAGCCGCAAGCCUCUCGUGGCCACCUGCUCCGUGGAUUGUUCCGUGCGCAUCUGGAAUUUCGAGUCUAACACCCUGGAGCUCUACAAGGGCUUCCAAGAGGAGCCCUACAGUGUAGCCCUGCACCCCUUGGGGAUCUUCAUGCUGACGGGCUUCGCAGACAAGCUGUGCUUCAUGAACCUUCUCACAGACGACAUCAGGACCUUCAAAGAGUUCAGUGUCCGUGGCUGUAGGGAGUGCGCCUUCAGUCACGGGGGACACAUGUUUGCAGCUGUCAACGGCAACAUCAUUCUCAUCUAUUCAAGUGUAACGUUUGAAAACACGUUGAGCCUCAAGGGUCAUAAUGGAAAGGUGCGUUCCAUUAUCUGGAGUGAGGACGACAGCAGCCUAGUGUCCUGUGGCACGGAUGGCGCAGUGUACGAGUGGAGCACGCUCAGCGGUAAGCGCCUGUCCGAGAGCGUCCUGAAGUCCUGCAGCUACUCCUGCGUCACUAUGUGCCCCGAUGCCAAGACCGUCUUUGCCGCGGGGAGUGACUGCUCCAUCAAGGAGAUCCAGGACUGUCAGAUCCUUAGAGAGAUUCCCACUGAGGAUGUGCUUUACACCACCAUCGUGAUGUCCCACUCGGGACGGGUGCUCUUUGCUGGCACCUCUGCAGGAACGAUUCGGACCAUAAAGUACCCCUUACCAGUAAAGAAUGUCUGGACUGAGUACCAGGGCCACGCCGCCCCCAUCACGAAGAUGGUCAUCACAUCUAAUGACCAGAUGUUGCUGACUGUUUCGGAGGAUGGCUGCCUUCUUAUUUGGAAGCUCAUUGACAAGGAGGGAUGGGGUCUGAAGAGGGACAAGGAGAUCCACUAUGCUGAAGAAACUCUCAUCACCAAGCUGGACCUGGAGGAGAAGAACCAGGCCAUGCUGGAGCUGAAGACAAGGGUGCAUGAGCUGCAAAUCGAGAAUGAGUACCAUCUCCGGCUGAAGGACAUGAACUACAAGGAGAAAACCAAGGAGCUCACGGGGAAGUUCGUUCAGCAGAUUGAGCUGCUGGAAACAAAGAACCAGGUGCUGAGAUCGGAAAAGGAUAAGCAGGAGCUGGUCCACAAAGAGGCGAUGGCGGAGCUGGCGGCACGGCACUCCCGAGAGCUUCAGGAUGCAGAGUCCACAAAUAACCAAAAGCUGAUUCUGGAGUAUGAGAAAUACCAGGAGCUGCUGCUGAAGUCCCAGCGCAUGGAGGAGGACUACGAACAAAAGCUGCAGAGUCUGGAGAAGAGCAAGGUCCAGGAGCUGGAGGAGCGGACCCGGUUUUAUGGAGACCAGCUGCAGGAGAGUCUCCUCACGCUGGAACAGCACCAAAGUGAUGCCGGGCAGAAGGUUCUGGAGCUAGAGGAGUGUAAACAGAUGGAGGAGGAUGGAGAGCGAGAAAUCCAGGACCUCCGCUUGAAGUACGAAAGGAAGCUCAAGGAUGAGAAGGACACCAAUUUGCAGUUGAUGGGGGAGAUAGGAGUCAUGAGGAAGAAGCUCAUCAGCGUGCAGCAGGAGACCGACAGGCGUAAUCAGGAUAUAAACAAGAUGAAGCAGGAGGAGCAGAAGAUCCUGGGUGUGAUCAAGUCUUUGGAAAAGGAAAUUCAGGGACUGAGGAAGGAGAUUCAAGAGAGAGAUGAGACCAUCCAGGACAAGGAAAAGCGCAUCUUCGAUCUGAAGAAGAAGAACCAGGAGCUGGAGAAGUUCAAGUUUGUGUUGGACUACAAGAUCAAAGACUUGAAGAAACAGAUUGAGCCCAGGGAAAACGAAAUUAAAGAAAUGAAGGGGCAGAUUCGGGAGAUGGAAGGUGAACUGGAGCAGUUCCAGAACCAGAAUACCCAGCUGGACCUAACCAUCGCAGACUUGAAAAUGAAGCUGAAGACCAGCGAAACAGAGACGCAUCGCCAGAUACAGAAGGUACGUCAGUUGGAGACAUUGGUUGACCGGUUCAAGACUGACCUUCACAACUGCGUCGGCCACAUUCAGGAGCCCAGAAAGCUGAAGGACAGCAUCUGCAAGCUGUACCACCGCUAUGUGCAGCAGUCUGAUCUGGUGGAUAUUGUGGCGAUGGAUGCGGAUAUCGAGAAGGAGUACAGUCGUCAGCGGGAGCACAUGGAGAGGACAAUGGCCUCCCUGCAGAAAAAACUGGCCAAGGAAUCGGAGGUCCAUCACGCAGAGCAUGUCAAGAUAAUGAAGGAAAACGUUUCGCUAAUCAGAGAGAUAAACCAGCUGAGGAGUGAGUUGAGGCUGGUUCAUGCUCAACUCCACGAGUACAAGAACCAAGAGAACCUCAGUAAGAAUCACAGGGGGCGGAGCUACUCCGGCAUUGCAGAUGGUGCCACCGGCCCCGGUGGGGGGGCACGGCCCGGCUUGAUGGAGGAAUCGGGGACUGUGAUCCAGCUGCAGCAUGGGAGGGGCUCCCAGCCACAGACGCGCCGCUCCCGGCUGACCAACCUGCCCGCCCUGAGCACCUGACAGCUCCCACAUGCCCCUCCCCCCGUCCAAGGGAUCCUUAGAGAUUUAGUGUGGAAAACAUUUUUAUAAAGCACCAGAAUGUGCUCAUUAAUUUCACCCACAUGUACCCACAUGUACUCACAUGUACCCACAUGUACUCACAUGUACCCACAUGUACCCACAUCAAAGAAAAAUUCUAACGAAAUUAGGAGGAUAUUUGUUCAAGCAACGUGCAUCUUUUUCUGUUCCGGAAAAAUCUCUAUGGGUAACUUUAAACUGAUGUAAAACAUA